AUGGCGAUGCCUUCGGUGUUGAAGGAUGAGCAGGGCCGUCCAUUUAUUGUCGUUCGCGACCAAGGCAAGAAGAAGAGACAACAUGGUACCGAGGCCGUGAAGUCACACAUUGUGGCCGCUAAGACCGUUGCCAACAUUGUCAAGACUUCUCUGGGUCCCCGUGGAUUGGACAAGAUUCUUAUUUCCCCCGAUGGCGAUAUUACUGUCACCAACGAUGGUGCAACCAUUCUCGGCCAGAUGGAGAUCACAAACAACGUUGCCAAGUUGCUCGUCGAGCUCUCGAAAUCGCAGGAUGAGGAAAUCGGUGACGGCACAACUGGUGUCGUGGUGUUGGCAGCGGCCAUGCUGGAGCAGGCUUCGGACUUGAUUGAUAAGGGAAUCCACCCCAUUCGGAUAGCCGACGGUUACGACCAAGCCUGUGAGAUUGCUCUCGCCGAGCUUGACAGAAUCAGUGACGAGAUCCCCUUCACCAAGGAAGACACCUCCAACCUGCUCAAGGUUGCCAAGACCAGUUUGGGCAGCAAGAUUGUUUCCAAGUCCCACGACCAGUUCGCCAAGAUUGCCGUCGAUGCUGUGCUUUCUGUUGCUGACCUCCAGCGUAAAGAUGUUGACUUUGAAUUGAUCAAGGUGGAUGGAAAGGUCGGUGGUUCCCUUGAGGACUCCCUACUGGUUAAGGGUGUUAUCGUGGACAAGGAUUUCUCCCACCCUCAGAUGCCCGAUGAGGUCCUGGACGCCAAGCUGGCCAUUUUGACCUGCCCAUUCGAGCCCCCCAAGCCCAAGACCAAGCACAAGCUUGACAUCACUUCAGUCGAGGAGUUCAAGAAGCUCCAGGAUUACGAGCACGAGAAGUUCACAGAGAUGAUUCAGAAGCUUAAGGACUCAGGGGCCAACCUGGUUAUCUGUCAGUGGGGUUUCGACGACGAGGCCAACCACUUGCUCCUCCAAAACAAGCUUCCUGCCGUCCGGUGGGUCGGUGGUCCCGAGAUUGAACUGAUUGCUAUUGCUACAAAUGGCCGCAUCGUGCCUCGCUUCGAGGAUCUGACCGCGGAGAAGCUGGGUACUGCUGGCCGUGUCCGUGAGAUGACUUUCGGUACCACAAGAGAGAAGAUGCUUGUUAUCGAAGACUGUGCCAACAGCCGUGCGGUCACUGUUUUCAUUCGUGGUAGCAACAAGAUGAUCAUUGAUGAGGCCAAGCGUUCACUACACGAUGCCCUGUGUGUGGUGCGCAACUUGGUUCGUGACAACCGUGUUGUUUACGGUGGUGGUGCUGCUGAGAUUGCUUGCUCUAUUGCUGUUGAAGAUGCUGCUGUCAAGAGCCCCGGUAUUGAGCAGUACGCCAUGCGUGCCUUCGCUGAUGCCUUGGAUGCCGUUCCCUUGGCCCUGUCUGAGAACUCUGGUUUGAGCCCUAUUGAGACUCUCGCCUCUGUCAAGUCCCGCCAGGUCAAGGAGAAGAACACUCGUCUCGGUGUUGACUGCAUGAUGACCGGUACCAACGACAUGAGAGAGCACUUUGCCAUUGAUCCCUUGAUUGGCAAGCGCCAGCAACUUCUGCUGGCUACCCAGCUUUGCCGCAUGGUUCUCAAGAUCAACAAUGUCAUUAUCUCUGGUGACGAAGACGCUGAAUUUUAG